GUGGAGAAGUACGGCGCCCUGUCCUUGACCGGCUUUCUCAGCGAGGCGCCCUUUGCCUCCGCGCUCCUGGCCCAGAGCUUCUGGGCGGUGCUGGCCAUCGUUCCCAUGAAGCAGGGAAGGAGCUGGUCUUUGGUGCUGCCGCCUUUGGGGUUCGAGUGGUUCGUGGCGGCCUUGGUGGGGCUCCUAUCCCUGGCCGUGCACACCAUGUGGUACAAGAGUAUGACUGGGACCACCCCGGCCAUCAACACCUUGCUGUGGAACCUGGACAUCCUGGCGGCGCUGGUGCUGGAGGCGCUGGUGACUUUUCGCUUCCCCAGCGGCGCGGCUACGCUAGGGGGCUGCAUCACGCUGCUGGGGACCAUCGUGGCCCUGCAGAGCAGCGGCGGAAGGAACACCUGGUGGGGCUGUCUCUUGUGCUUUUCGGCCACCACGCUGUUCUCGGCCAUCGCCAUCUUUACCUCGCGGCUCAUGGACCCCAAGUGCCGGGUGGUGACGUUGAUGGCCAUGGAGGGCGUGCUGAGCCUGGUGGCCCUGGGGGUCUGGAGGGCCUUGUCAGCGGCCACGGCCUACCCCUCGGCCGAGACCUCCCUCUUCUUGGGGCUCAGCCAGCUGAUGCUGAACCUUGGCUGGCUCUCCGUGGCCGCGUCUCUGGGAGCGCCCCAGGCCGCCAUGGCGGCGUGCCUGUCGAUGCCUCUGUCCCUUCUGCUGGACGCCACGAUGCUGCACAGCUCCGCCACCACGGUGCAGCUUGCCGGCAGCUUUCUGGUGAUCCUCGGCUUCUGCGUGGGCCACAGGUCCGAGCCGAAGGACCCAAACGAGGCGCUGGAGGCUGGGCAGAGCUAA